AUGCCAUCAACCAGCCGAGCGGGCAGCCUGAAGGACCCAGAAAUUGCAGAGCUCUUCUUCAAAGAAGAUCCAGAAAAGCUCUUCACAGAUCUCCGAGAGAUUGGCCAUGGAAGCUUCGGAGCAGUUUAUUUUGCACGUGAUGUGCGCACCAAUGAAGUGGUGGCCAUCAAGAAAAUGUCAUAUAGUGGGAAGCAGUCCAAUGAGAAAUGGCAGGAUAUUAUUAAGGAAGUCAAGUUCCUCCAAAGAAUAAAACACCCCAACAGUAUAGAAUAUAAAGGCUGCUAUUUGCGGGAGCAUACAGCAUGGCUCGUUAUGGAAUAUUGUUUAGGAUCAGCAUCAGACUUACUAGAAGUUCAUAAAAAGCCAUUGCAAGAAGUGGAAAUAGCAGCAAUUACCCAUGGUGCUCUCCAGGGAUUAGCAUACUUGCAUUCUCACAAUAUGAUCCAUAGAGAUAUCAAGGCAGGAAACAUCUUGCUGACAGAGCCAGGACAGGUGAAACUUGCUGACUUUGGGUCUGCUUCUAUAGCAUCUCCUGCCAACUCAUUUGUGGGGACGCCAUAUUGGAUGGCCCCAGAAGUGAUUUUAGCCAUGGAUGAAGGGCAGUACGAUGGCAAAGUAGAUGUUUGGUCUCUUGGAAUUACCUGUAUUGAAUUAGCGGAAAGGAAGCCUCCUUUGUUUAAUAUGAACGCAAUGAGUGCCUUAUAUCACAUAGCGCAGAAUGAAUCCCCUACACUACAGUCUAAUGAAUGGUCUGAUUAUUUUCGAAACUUCGUAGAUUCUUGUCUCCAGAAAAUCCCUCAAGACAGGCCUACAUCAGAGGAGCUUCUGAAGCACAUGUUCGUUCUUCGGGAGCGGCCUGAAACAGUGUUAAUAGACUUGAUUCAGAGAACAAAGGAUGCAGUGAGAGAAUUGGACAACCUGCAGUAUCGGAAAAUGAAGAAGCUCCUCUUCCAGGAGGCACACAAUGGCCCUGCAGUUGAAACACAGGAGGAGGAGGAGGAACAAGAUCAUGGUGUUGGCAGGACAGGAACAGUGAACAGUGUCGGAAGUAAUCAGUCCAUUCCUAGUAUGUCUAUCAGUGCCAGUAGCCAAAGCAGUAGUGUUAACAGUCUUCCAGAUGCCUCGGAUGAUAAGAGUGAGCUGGAUAUGAUGGAGGGAGACCACACCGUGAUGUCAAACAGCUCUGUCAUUCAUUUAAAGCCGGAGGAAGAAAACUACAGAGAGGAAUCAGAUCCUCGAACAAGGGCAUCAGAACCCCAGUCUCCUCCCCAAGUAUCUCGCCACAAGUCUCAUUAUCGCAACCGAGAGCACUUUGCUACUAUACGCACAGCAUCACUGGUGACAAGGCAAAUGCAGGAACAUGAACAAGACUCUGAACUCCGAGAGCAGAUGUCUGGCUAUAAACGCAUGAGACGGCAACACCAGAAGCAGCUGAUGGCAUUAGAGAAUAAACUGAAGGCAGAGAUGGAUGAGCAUCGCCUCAGGUUGGACAAAGAUCUGGAAACCCAGCGUAACAAUUUUGCUGCAGAAAUGGAAAAGCUAAUUAAAAAGCACCAAGCGGCCAUGGAAAAAGAGGCUAAAGUGAUGGCCAAUGAAGAAAAGAAGUUUCAACAGCAUAUUCAGGCCCAGCAGAAAAAAGAAUUGAACAGUUUCCUGGAGUCCCAGAAGAGAGAAUAUAAACUCCGUAAAGAGCAGCUGAAAGAGGAGCUGAAUGAAAACCAGAGCACUCCAAAGAAGGAGAAGCAGGAGUGGCUCUCUAAACAGAAGGAGAACAUACAGCAUUUCCAGGCAGAGGAAGAAGCCAACUUACUGAGGCGUCAGAGGCAGUACUUGGAGCUGGAGUGUCGCCGCUUUAAGAGACGGAUGCUCCUUGGCCGCCAUAAUCUGGAGCAGGACCUGGUUCGAGAGGAGUUAAACAAAAGGCAGACACAGAAGGACCUGGAGCACGCCAUGCUGCUGCGUCAGCACGAGUCCAUGCAGGAGCUGGAGUUCCGCCAUCUCAGUACCAUCCAGAAGAUGCGCUGUGAGCUGAUCCGACUGCAGCACCAGACCGAGCUCACCAACCAGCUGGAGUACAACAAGCGCCGUGAGCGGGAGCUGAGGCGUAAGCACGUUAUGGAGGUCCGGCAGCAGCCCAAGAGCCUGAAGUCAAAAGAACUACAGAUAAAGAAGCAGUUUCAGGAUACAUGCAAGAUCCAAACCAGACAGUACAAAGCACUGAGAAACCAUCUGCUGGAGACCACGCCAAAGAGUGAACAUAAAGCUGUCCUCAAACGGCUCAAGGAGGAGCAGACCCGGAAGCUGGCUAUCCUGGCUGAGCAGUAUGAUCACAGCAUUAAUGAAAUGCUCUCUACACAAGCUCUGCGUUUGGAUGAAGCACAGGAAGCGGAGUGCCAGGUUUUGAAGAUGCAGCUGCAGCAAGAAUUGGAGCUGCUGAAUGCAUAUCAGAGUAAAAUCAAGAUGCAGGCAGAAGCCCAGCAUGAUCGGGAGCUGCGUGAUCUUGAACAGAGGGUAUCCCUCCGCCGGGCCCUCCUUGAGCAGAAGAUUGAGGAGGAGAUGCUGGCUUUGCAGAACGAGCGUACUGAACGGAUACGAAGCCUGCUGGAGCGCCAAGCUCGCGAGAUCGAAGCCUUUGACUCAGAAAGCAUGAGGCUAGGUUUUAGUAACAUGGUUCUUUCUAAUCUCUCCCCCGAGGCGUUCAGCCACAGCUACCCGGGAGCUUCUGGCUGGUCCCACAAUCCUACUGGGGGUGCAGGACCUCACUGGGGUCAUCCCAUGGGUGGCCCACCACAAGCUUGGGGCCAUCCAAUGCAAGGUGGACCCCAGCCAUGGGGUCACCCCUCGGGGCCCAUGCAGGGGGUACCUCGAAGUAGUGCUAUAGGGGUCCGCAACAGCCCCCAGGCUCUGAGGCGGACAGCUUCUGGGGGACGGACGGAGCAGGGCAUGAGCAGGAGCACAAGUGUUACUUCACAAAUAUCCAAUGGUUCACACAUGUCUUAUACAUAACUUAAACAAUAACUGAGGGUGGCAAU